UCGAUUGUUGUUUGGUCAAUAGUAUGUUUUUUCUUUUCGUUCGUUUGUUUUAACAAUAUUUAUUAUUGAGAUCGCGAAAAAUACUUUCAGUUCACGACUAUUAUAUACUAUUCUAUGGUUCACGAUGACCACACACGCGGACAUUGAGGCGCAAAUCCGUGAGAUUCAACAGCGAAAAAAGGAAGAGAAACAAAAGGAGGAUGACAGCGACGUGGGACUUGGGGCUUCCGGCUUCUUCGACCAAGACAUCUACAACGGUGGCGGGAAGUAUGAGGGCUACGUCACGUCAAUAGCCCCGAACGACGAGUAUGAUGAUGAAGACAUUGAUGAUCAACAGUACAGAAAUAAAAAACCAAUAACUGCACCAGCAGCAGCUCUUAAAGAAAUUGCACAGGCUAGAGAUGAUGAAGAUGACUAUGACCCAUUUGCAGAAAGAAAACGUCUUCAAAAAGCAACUUCAGACAAAGAUGAUGAUACUCGUCAAGUUCGUAGACCUAUGGUUAUAUCACCAGAACGUAUUGAUCCCUUUGCUGAAGGUGGUAAAACUCCAGACGUUGGUUCCCGAACUUAUUCUCAAAUUAUGCAAGAACAAAAGUUAAAAGGUGAAGAGAAUGAAGUACGGAAAACAAUUAUAGAUAAAGCUAAAGAUGGCAAUCUUAGAACUAAUGGAGAGGCUAAAGGCACAGUCAGAAAAAGAGGACGUUGGGAUCAAGUUGUACAAAAUGGUGACUCUUCUGGAGUACCUGCCAAGAAAAAAACUAAUUCUGCUCCUUGGGAAGAAACACCUAAGGGAGGCUUGUCACGUUGGGAUGAAACUCCUGGACCUACCAAAAUGGGAGCAGAAACUCCUGGUGCUACACCUGGUCAAAGUACUAGAAUGUGGGAUGCAACUCCAGGACAUACUACUCCUGCUACAGAAGCUGCAACCCCGGGUCGUGAUACUCCAGGUCAUAUAGGAGUAACACAAACAUCAGUUAGGAGAAACCGUUGGGAUGAAACUCCUAAAACAGAGAGAGCAACACCUGGGCAUAAUAGUGGAUGGGCUGAAACUCCUCGUACAGAUCGUGGGGGUGUUGAUUUAAUUCAAGAUACUCCAACACCAUCCGCAAGUAAAAGACGUUCUCGUUGGGAUGAAACCCCAUCUCAGAUGACCCCAUCUGCAACACCUGGUGGUCUUACACCUGGAGCAGCUACUCCAAAAGUAGGAGCUACACCAUCUGGAACUUCUAUGACUCCUACACCUGGUGGCAUGACUCCUGGUGCUACACCGAUGACACCAAUGGCACCUCGUACUCCUGUGCUUUCUAAUAGUGCUGCUACUCCAGUUGGACAUACCGCCAUGGGUAUGGCUACCCCAACUCCAGGUCAUUUGUUAUCUAUGACUCCUGAACAGCUGCAAGCUUAUAGAUGGGAGCGUGAAAUUGAUGAACGUAACCGUCCAUUAACAGAUGAUGAAUUAGAUGCUAUGUUUCCACCCGGGUAUAAAGUACUUCAACCACCUGCUGGAUAUAUACCUAUACGAACUCCAGCUCGUAAAUUAACUGCUACACCAACCCCAAUAGCUGGUACUCCAACAGGAUUUUUCAUGCAAGAAUCUGUUGAUCGUCCAACUAAGACCCAAAUAGUUGAUAAUCAACCGCCUGGUAAUCUUCCUAUGUUAAAACCUGAAGAUGCACAGUAUUUUGAUAAAUUAUUGAUGGAUGUUGAUGAAGAAAGUUUAACAUUAGAAGAACAAAAAGAAAGAAAAAUUAUGAAAUUGCUUUUAAAGAUUAAAAAUGGUACUCCACCAAUGAGAAAAGCUGCUUUGAGGCAAGUUACUGAUAAGGCUAGGGAAUUAGGUGCUGGUCCAUUAUUCAAUCAAAUACUGCCUUUACUUAUGUCACCUACUCUUGAAGAUCAAGAACGCCAUUUAUUAGUAAAAGUCAUUGAUCGAAUUUUAUACAAAUUAGAUGACUUAGUCAGACCAUAUGUUCAUAAGAUAUUGGUUGUUAUUGAACCACUCUUAAUUGAUGAAGAUUAUUAUGCUCGUGUUGAAGGCCGAGAAAUAAUUUCAAAUUUAGCCAAGGCAGCUGGAUUAGCUACUAUGAUAUCUACUAUGAGACCUGAUAUUGAUAAUAUUGAUGAGUAUGUUCGUAAUACUACAGCUCGAGCUUUUGCUGUAGUUGCUUCAGCAUUGGGAAUUCCAUCACUUUUGCCUUUCUUAAAAGCAGUGUGUAAGAGUAAGAAAUCUUGGCAAGCUCGUCAUACAGGUAUAAAAAUUGUUCAACAAAUUGCAAUCUUAAUGGGUUGUGCUAUUCUACCUCAUUUACGUUCUCUUGUGGAAAUAAUUGAACAUGGCUUGGUUGACGAGCAACAGAAAGUACGAACUAUUACUGCUCUAGCAAUAGCUGCGUUGGCUGAAGCUGCAACUCCUUAUGGUAUUGAAAGUUUUGAUUCUGUCCUUAAACCAUUGUGGAAGGGUAUUAGAACUCAUAGAGGAAAAGGUUUAGCUGCAUUUUUGAAAGCUAUAGGAUAUUUAAUACCUUUAAUGGAUGCUGAAUAUGCUAACUAUUAUACCAGAGAAGUAAUGUUGAUCUUGAUUCGAGAGUUUCAGUCUCCUGAUGAAGAAAUGAAAAAGAUUGUAUUAAAGGUAGUCAAACAAUGUUGUGGAACAGAUGGUGUUGAACCUCAAUACAUUCGUGAAGAUAUUUUACCUCAUUUCUUUAGACAUUUCUGGAAUCAUAGGAUGGCCCUAGAUAGACGAAAUUAUAGACAAUUAGUUGAUACCACAAUGGAAAUAGCUAAUAAAGUUGGAGCAUCUGAAAUUAUUAAUCGAAUAGUUGAUGAUUUAAAAGAUGAAAAUGAACAAUAUCGUAAAAUGGUUAUGGAAACUAUAGAAAAAACAAUUGGCAACUUAGGUGCAGCUGAUAUUGACUCCAGGCUUGAAGAACAGCUUAUUGAUGGUAUUCUUUAUGCUUUUCAGGAACAAACAAAUGAAGAUGUUAUUAUGUUAAAUGGAUUUGGUAUGAUUGUUAAUCAACUUGGUAGGCGUGUCAAACCAUACCUACCUCAGAUAUGUGGUACUAUUUUAUGGAGAUUGAAUAACAAAUCCGCUAAAAUUAGACAACAAGCUGCAGACUUGAUUGCUCGGAUAGCUUGUAUUAUGAAAAUUUGUCAAGAAGAAAAAUUGAUGGGACAUUUGGGUUUAGUGUUGUAUGAAUACUUGGGUGAAGAAUAUCCAGAAGUGUUGGGAAGCAUUUUAGGCGCAUUAAAAGGUAUUGUAAACGUGAUUGGAAUGACAAGAAUGACUCCGCCUAUCAAAGACUUGUUACCUCGGCUAACGCCAAUUUUGAAAAACAGACACGAGAAAGUUCAAGAGAAUUGUAUCGAUCUUGUUGGUCGUAUUGCUGAUCGAGGACCAGAGUAUGUACCAGCCAGGGAAUGGAUGCGAAUAUGCUUUGAACUUCUUGAGUUAUUAAAAGCGCAUAAAAAAGCAAUCAGGAGAGCUACAGUAAAUACUUUUGGUUAUAUUGCUAAAGCAAUUGGACCUCAUGAUGUAUUAGCUACACUUUUGAAUAAUUUAAAAGUACAAGAACGACAGAAUCGUGUUUGUACAACUGUGGCCAUUGCUAUAGUAGCUGAAACUUGUUCUCCAUUCACUGUGUUACCUGCCUUGAUGAAUGAAUAUCGUGUACCUGAAUUGAAUGUCCAAAAUGGUGUUCUUAAAUCUUUAUCAUUUUUGUUUCAAUACAUUGGUGAAAUGGGCAAAGAUUAUAUUUAUGCCGUCACUCCACUUUUAGAAGAUGCUUUGAUGGACAGAGAUUUAGUACAUAGACAAACAGCAUGUGCAGCAAUCAAACAUAUGGCUCUAGGAGUCUUUGGUUUUGGUUGUGAAGAUGCGUUAAUCCAUUUAUUAAACUAUGUUUGGCCUAAUAUUUUUGAAACAUCUCCUCAUUUGGUUCAAGCUUUUAUGGAAGCUGUUGAAGGCUUGAGAGUGGCUCUUGGCCCUAUUAAAAUUUUACAAUAUACACUUCAAGGAUUAUUUCACCCAGCUCGUAAAGUUCGUGAUGUUUACUGGAAGAUAUAUAAUUCAUUAUAUAUAAGUGCCCAAGAUGCUUUAGUUGCGGGAUACCCUCAUAUAGAAAAUGAUGUAAAGAAUCAAUAUGUACGAUAUGAACUUAUGUAUACGUUAUAAUCAUGUCGGAUUUAUAUUUUAUUAAUAAUUUUUUUUGUGUGUAAAUAUUCUAUUAAAUUGUAAUGUGU